AUGGCCUGUACAAAACAAACAGCCAGUAACAGUACUGGAGGGCCUACUAAAUGUGGUCACCUACCUAUAUUCAAGAAGGUCACUGGCCAUGCCAGAAAACAACUUAUCAAAACUGUCCAGGCAAUGCCACCACACAUGAAGAUAGUGCUAAAGCCCAACUCCCACAACAUGGGAGGUGCCAUGAAGCCAUAUUUUGUGUUCGAGAAUGCUUCAGGUCAAGGGGUCCUACCCACCCCUGUCACCAUCCACGGGCACAUCGAGGUCACCAGUCGCUCACAAAUAUGCAGUAGCCCGGUACUCAUCCUUCACUUCGUUAUCAAAGGUCUCGACCCUUCCGGAUCGCCUGCAACCAGCAUGCAACAGCAAUUAAGGCCGUUCAAGCCACAGAAUAACAUGCAAUACCAUGAAAUCAUUUUUGAUAUUGGAACGGGUAAGAAGGCCAAGAAACACCUUACAAUGAUGAAGCAACUUGUGACCCAAAUCAAACUCCUUCAGUGUGAGCGUGUCAAGGUCUUCAUCUUCUCGCACUCGUCUACCAUGGAGGGCUCACAAGGUGAUAUCUGGGGGGGAUAUGCAGACAACGAGUCUAGUGGAAGGGGAAGAAAUAAAGUGGUAAUAAAGGGCGGCCCUGUCGCUUAUACAGUUAACAAUUUUUUUGCAGGUCUGUUUGUCAGCGGCAUUGAGGAUUACGUCAAAGGGUCUACCUUGUGGAUGUUCGUCUGUGGUCAUAUGGUACAAGAACCAGACACAUUCGGGGCAUUCAAGGCCUGUGUCAAAGAGUAUGAAGUUGAGCAUGCAUUUGCAUUUGGUGCUGAGCGAUUUCAUGCAUGCCUGGUCGUACCAUUUAUCAGCACUUAUGUCGGCCGUGUACUUGUUGAAGGGUUCGAGGUGCAGGAUGUCAUUUGAGACAUCCUCCUGGCAUCC